CGGCGGCGGGGAGCCCGACGCCCGACGGCACGGUGAUGGGCGCCGGCACCCCGCCGAGCCCCGGCGGCACCGCCUCCGAGGAGACGCGGCUGCACGUCUUCACCCUGGACUACCCCCACGUGCAGAUCCCCUUCGAGAUCACCCUCUGGAUCCUGCUGGCGUCCCUCGCCAAGAUCGGCUUUCAUCUUUACCACAAGUUGCCCUCAAUAGUACCUGAAAGCUGCCUCCUUAUUCUGGUUGGAUUGCUUCUUGGUGGCAUUAUUUUUGGAGCGGAGGAGAAGUCCCCACCUGUAAUGAGCAGUGAUGUUUUCUUCUUAUAUCUUUUACCACCGAUUGUACUCGACGCUGGAUAUUUUAUGCCAACUCGUCUUUUCUUUGAGAACUUCGGUACUAUAUUCUGGUAUGCCGUGGUAGGCACACUCUGGAAUGCCAUUGGCAUUGGGAUUUCACUUUAUGGAAUUUGCCAGAUCAGUGCAUUUGGUUUGACUGAUAUCACAUUGCUGCAGAAUUUGCUCUUUGGCAGCCUCAUUUCAGCUGUGGAUCCUGUGGCAGUGCUAGCUGUUUUUGAAAAUAUUCAUGUCAAUGAGCAGCUUUACAUCCUGGUGUUUGGAGAGUCAUUGCUGAACGAUGCUAUAACUGUGGUCCUGUACAAUUUGUUCAAGUCUUUCUGCCAGAUGCGCACAAUUAAGGUUAUUGAUGUAUUCGCUGGAAUUGCUAACUUCUUUAUAGUGGGGAUCGGUGGAGUAUUGAUUGGAAUCCUUUUGGGAUUUGUAGCAGCCUUUACCACCCGUUUCACCCAUAAAAUCCGAGUGAUUGAGCCACUCUUUGUCUUCCUGUACAGUUACUUGUCAUACAUAACAGCUGAAAUGUUUCAUCUCUCGGGCAUCAUGGCGAUUACAUCUUGUGCCAUGACCAUGAAUAAAUAUGUGGAGGAAAACGUUUCCCAAAAAUCCUAUACAACGAUAAAGUAUUUUAUGAAGAUGUUGAGCAGUGUCAGUGAGACCUUAAUCUUCAUUUUCAUGGGAGUGUCCACAGUUGGGAAGAACCAUGAGUGGAACUGGGCCUUCGUUAGCUUCACCCUCCUUUUCUGUUUAAUAUGGAGGGCACUGGGUGUUUUUGUUCUGACUCAGAUCAUUAAUGUGUUCCGGACAAUUCCCCUCACUUUUAAGGACCAAUUUAUUAUUGCUUACGGUGGCCUCCGAGGAGCUAUUUGUUUUUCACUUGUGUUUCUGCUUCCUUCUACUGUGUUCCCCAGGAAGAAGUUGUUCAUCACUGCCGUUAUUGUGGUGAUAUUCUUUACUGUUUUCAUUCAGGGAAUAACGAUUCGUCCACUGGUGGAGUUUCUUGAUGUCAAAAGGUCAAAUAAAAAGCAACCUGCUGUCAGUGAAGAAAUUUAUAACAGGUUCUUCGAUCAUGUGAAGACAGGAAUUGAAGAUGUCUGUGGACACUGGGGUCACAACUUUUGGAGAGAUAAGUUUAAAAAGUUUGACAAUAAAUACCUGCGAAGACUUCUCAUCCGAGAGAACCAGCCCAAAUCCAGCAUUGUUUCUUUGUACAAGAAGCUGGAAAUAAAGCAUGCCAUCGAGAUGGCCGAGAGUGGAAUGAUCAGCAAAGUCCCAUCGUCGGUGUCUCUCAGUGAAUAUCAUGAAGGAAAAAUAAAACCAUUGUCUCCCACUGAAAUGGAAAACAUGCGGGAAAUUCUAACAAAGAAUCUCUACCAAAUACGACAUCGAACAAUGUCAUAUAACCGACAUAGCCUGGCUGCAGAUGCAAAUGAGAAGCAGGCCAAAGAAAUUCUUAUCCGUCGCCGGCACAGCCUUAGGGAGAGCCUAAGGAAAACUAACAGCCUGUCAAGAGAAAGACCGGCUGCUGCUGCAAAUACAAAAAGAUUUCUUUCACUUCCUAAAAACACUAAACUCCCAGAGAAACUACGUGUAAGAAAUAAAACAUCUUCCAGAGUGGGUGACAGCAGUGACUCUGAAAUGGAUGCCACUACCACGGUGCUCAAUUUAAGACCCAGAGCAGGGAAAAUCUUGAGAGAACAGAGAUUGAGGCAGCAGCGGCCACCGUCUGAGUUAAGGAUGGAAUGGAAGAAUGAAGUCGAUGGGAGCCAGAAUGGACGAGGAGAGCAGCAGGAGCCAGGCAGCCUGCCUCAGCCAUCCGUUGGGUUCAGGCAGCCACUGCUGACGAGACCAAGAUUUGGCACUUUGAGCAGGGAAGAUUUGACUGCAGACCAUGGGUCGGCAAGACCUAUACCACCACCACGAUUGGUUAGGCAGGCGUCACAAGGGGAAAGACAGAGAAAUAAGCCUGAGAACCAGCCGUAUUGAACACAGCAGAAACUGAACUAUUGGUAAUAAGCAGUGGGCAUAUCGUUAGGAUUCUAAACUAUCUGAUCAGACAGCGGGAUCCAUUAAAGAGAAGAGAAACCUUAAUGUGGAUCUAAGCAUUUCCAUUUGGACAAAGUCAACACCAUUAACUAAGUGAAAGGAAUACUGGAGCAAUUGCAAAACUGAGGACGUUAAAAAAAAAAAAAAAUCUCUUUUAUAAAUAACUUAUGGCAAUGCUUUAAUUACAUUAUAUCCACUAUUAAGAUAGGAUGGAAAUGUGCCUUAUCACAUCAUCUCCUGUGGAACCAAGUCAUGCAAGUUCAAUACCCAGCUAUCCAUAAAAAAAAUCAUGAAAGUCCAGUGAUGAAGGGGUUCUUUACAAAAACCUAUAUCAUUUCAGGUUUUAUUUAUGAUCAAAUAAUACUUGUUUUAACCAGAGCUUUAAUAUGAGUAACACUGAAAAUUGCACAAUGCACCUAUCAUAUAGACUUCAUAAGAAGAAUAAAUAUAUUCCUGGAGCCCAGUUUAUUGGAAGAGCUGUGAUGUGCAAAAAGAGGAAGAAAAGAAGGAGCAAGCUGUUGGACCAGAAUUGCACAGUUUAUAGAGAGAAGCUGCAACAGAGACAAGGCCUGAAUAGCUUGAAUUUUUACUUUUUUUUUUUUUUUUUUUUUUAAUUUUUGGCAAUAUGUAGCCUUUGAAUGGUACUGCGAAUCACCAAGGGAAAUCUGAAUUCUCACUGAAAUCUGAACCUUGAUUCUGACUAAUGUCAACACAACUAGAGCACCUAAAAGGACACCAGAAGUCCUAAAAAGAGACUUCAAGUAGAUAAAAAAUGUUACUGUUCAAAAUUGCUUUUCGCACCUUAGCUUUUCCAUGGCAGUGCAAACACAGCAGUAGAACAGUUGCAGAGCACUGCACAUAGACAAAACCAGCAGUGCCCUGUUUGAGUUUUGGGACCACUGAGGUUCAAGAAAGCUCCUUCACUCAUGCUUGUGAACCUGGUCAACUCAUUUUACUUUCUGUUUCUUUAUCUGUAAAGGGGGAAUGAUUAUCUUUUCUUUGGGCUAUGCACUCCAAGGAACAAAAAUGUUCCUUCUUGUACAGUAAAAGUAGGACCUGGAAAAAAAUAGCUCUGGAAUCAGUUGCAGUCACUGUGCACCUUACUAAUACCCAUAGAAAUGCAGACUUUCUUCACCCCAGCGUAAAUGGCUGUCAUCUGAGUGCCUAUGAGAAGGGAGGGUGCAUUAAAAUAAAUGAUACUUAAUAGCUCUCAGGAAUUUGCACUUUCUGUCCCACUUUAUCUUAAGUUUUGAGCUUGCUUCAGCACAGAUACACAUUUCAGCACAAUGCAAAAAUCAUUUUCAUUCUUCCGGUUACAAGAUUCAUAACUUUCAGUUAAGAAUGUACACUGUGAAAUCAUAACUUCUCUUUUUUCGUUAGCACAUUUCUAAAUCUGUGGGCAAUAAGAUUCACUUAUUUAUUUAAGCUCGUUUUGAAAGAACUAUUAAAAAUCAAAUUUGCUUUUAAAAUCACAGGGUAGAUUUAUUUCAAAGGUUUGUGGGCCGGGAUGGUAAAUGAGUUUUAUAAAUAGGGAUAAUGACUUUCCUUCACUUAAGCUUUUCCAAAAUAUUCAUUUCAUGUAUGUAUUUAAAAUGUCAAACCUGCCUGAACUCUCUUAUUGUCACGUCUUUUAAUCUUUUCCUCUGUUCAGGCUAUGUAAUUUCUGCUGUUUGUCAAAUGCAAAUUUUAAGCUGCAGAGAGAUGGCUAGGUGAACCCUAGAAAUCUCAGUCAGGUGUUCAUGGCUAUUUUCAAAAAACGAUUUUUGUGGAAGGCAGUAUUUGUCUACCCUUUAAUGAUCAUCUCUUGUUUGGAAAUAAAACUGGGUUCUAACAAAGCUAGUAAGCUUUAAAAAUAAAUUUGAAUGUCUUUCUACAGGAAAAUGUUUCAGCUGUAAAACUGCCAGCAAAUACUCUGUCACUGCAUUACUGAGAUCAUGAUUAAAUAAGAAGCCUUAAGUUUGGAUUUCAGUUCUGAAACUUCUCUGCAGAUGGGACUGUUUAGACUAGGUGUUUUAUAGCAGGCCCAUCUGAAAUCUGACCAAAUAAAUAAAUGCAAAAUGU